AGUGACACAAGUAGAAGACUUGAAUGGCUGAAGAAUGUUUUGGAAUUCCAUGGAUCCGUGACAAUGUCUUCUCUACAGCAAGUAGAAACUAUAAUGAAACAUGGAACAUUAACCAUUGGUUGCCAUGUUAUAUACCCUCCUCGAUAGUGUGCUUCCAGGUGUUACUGCACGYUYAYUACRAGAAGCAUUGAUUGCCAUUGACAUUGACGUUGACUUUCCUGAAGARAUCCAUCCCUUAUCGGAAACAGAAGAAGAAGAAAAAAUUCCAGAUAGCGAUCUUAGAAAAAGAUACGAGAAAUUUUUCAAUAAUGUUAAGGAGCUUGGAUUUCCUGAAGAAGUCGCAUUAGCAGCUAUCGUGGCGUGUGACUGUCCUCGUGAGGAAUCAGAUCUCUUGAUGUGGUGUUUACAAAACAAUGGAAAAGAAGAUGAAAUUCAAGAGUUGUGUGAUGAGGGAKCCCAAAWCCCUAAAUACGCUUCUUUGUUUCCGCAAGAAAGUGUCCCAGAUGUAACACUAGAUGAUGAAGAGCAGAAAAAGGAUAUUGACAGACUAACAACAGAAGAUGGAAGUCGUAACUUUGCAGCUGAACUUGAUCAGACAUUAGGUGGUUUGUACUUAAGCCUUGAGGAACUGAGUACUUUAUUGGACUGUCUGGCUGAAGAUUCGACUCAAGAGGACCAAAACAAAUUUGCAUUUCCCGGCUACCUGACGGUGGGAAAACCAAACCUGCUUCUUGUUCCUCAAAGAGACAUUCUAGCUACUGUSCUUGGACUUUACAUGGAAAGUAAAGGACUUCCAUCAAGCCAUGAAGUGUUGAUUUGCACUCAAGACACCACUUUGGAAGAGGUAAAGUUGUUAUGGCGUCGAGUUUUAACCAACACGAGUGACAAGUUCUACUGUCUGGUGAAUGCAGAUCUCUUAAGCUAUAAUGUCAGCCAACAAGCCGUUCAAAGCUUCUAUGACCUGGCUAAGCGUGAAUACCCUGCCAGCGAAGACUACAAGGUUGUUGUGAUAUGUAGCAAUGAACAGGAAGUCAAGUCACACAUCGUGUCUGCCCUGGAUGAGUAUCGUGUCGCUGGAGCUCCUCGCUGUCCAAGACCAUCUGAAGUGACAGACUAUUUACAGGAACAGUUCGUUGCUCCAAGACCUCAACCAGUGGUUUAUCAGGGUCAUCGCAUUGAUUGGAUACCUGCUGCUCAUGUAGAAAGUCGAGACAGGCUUUCAGUUCGAGUAAUAUCUUCGGACCGCGCGGGAACUGGUAAGAGUUUGAUAGUGGAAGACUAUUCUAAGAGGCUUGAUAGCAUCACAAACAACAGUACUGUGACGAAACUCUUGRAAGAACACGUGACUCCAUACGUCAUCGUUCCAUUACAUGGGAAAACAGCAAACUUGUCAGAUACAGUUGGCGUCCUGCUUCCUUACUCACUCAAGACCGAUGUCCCAAUGUCCCGGAUAUUCCACAUUGAUGUCUCUCCCUCGGUGGAACACGGACUUGAUACUUUACUCUUCAAUUUGUUGCUCCUUGGCUCGAUUCAAGACAACAAGGGUCGUGUAUGGAAACGAAACCCACGUGACCUGUACAUCGUAGAAGUGACGUCAUCGCAUGAUACCCAGGACACAAGGGCUAYAGACAAGUACGCACGGUUGUACGAUYUUUAUCAUGAGCUACCUCGCGUGACAUGCGUGACGCCUAUGAAAGCUUUAGAUGAAAUGAAAAAAGAUACAGCUUCAGACAGUUCCAUGACAUCGUUUAAUGAAGGCCAGUUUCAGAGCGAGCCAAUACAACGUGUAUAUCAAUACCUACGACUUUAUGACACUGCUCCCGAGAUCCUUCACGAGUUUCAGUUUGAACCAGAAGAACUUGCUGAAGGUGGUGCAAAUUGUCUAUCUCUUCUCAUGAGAUACUGUGGCGUAACCGAUCCGUCCUGGGCAGARCUACGACACUUUGUGGAUUUUCUUAACUAUCAGUUAACAGACUUUGAACAAAGCGUAUUCUGUCAGAUGGAAAACGUAGCGGAUACCUUGGAAGGAUUUCGCAUGUUUGUGGUUCGAUUCAUGACUUUCAUGGCUCAGGAUUUCUCGACUCGCUCGCUAAGUGACAUUGUUGUUGAUGAUGACGCUCCAAACGAUGAACCGCCAGACAUUGCUCAGUUUCAACUUCGUCGGAGAUGGGAAAGCAGUCCUCAUCCCUACAUGUUCUUCAAUCCCGACCAUCAAACAUUCACCUUCCUUGGGUUUCGUCUUGAUCCGGAUGGUAACUUAAUCAACCCUUCGACGGGAGAGAUGAUCGAGCAACAACUGAUGACAAGGCAUCUCAGAACUGGACUUAACGUACAGCGGGUCAACUUCGAUGAAGACUUUGAACAACUGAAUAAAGGAGACAAAAUCCAAAAGAUUUGUGCGGUGUUGGGUGUUGAAUGGCCGCGUGAUCCUGAUGAUAGCUACGAACUGACAGAAGACAAUGCAAAGAAAAUGCUUGCAAUACACAUGCGCUUCAGGUGUGGUAUCCCUGUGGUGGUGAUGGGAGAGACUGGAUGUGGAAAGACAAAACUCAUAAGAUACUUGUGUGGACUGCAGAAAGGRUUCGAUGAGCGUAAAAACAUGCUUCUUGUGAAGGUACACGGUGGCACUACUUUCCAAGACAUCGAAAAGAAAGUACAACAAGCCCGACAAAUGGCAAAGGAAAAUUCCAAAAACAACGUGGAAACAAUCUUGUUUUUUGACGAAGUGAACACCACAGAAGCACUUGAUCUUGUGAAGGAGAUAAUGGUGGAUAGACGAUUGAAUGGACGUCCUCUUGAUUCACAAGAUGAUGGUUUACGCUUCAUUGCUGCCUGUAAUCCUUACAGAAAACACACAGAUACAAUGAUUAAGAAGCUGGAAUCUGCUGGACUUGGUUACAGUGUCAAGACAGGAAACACAACAGAACGAAUCGGUUGUGUUCCUCUACGUCACCUGGUUUACCGUGUUCAUGCUUUACCCGACAGCAUGAGAUCUUUGAUCUGGGACUUUGGUCAACUCAAACCUGAAGUGGAGCGACUUUAUACCAGACAGAUCGUCUUGCGACAUGUGAUAACAGAAGAACGUAUCCCUGGCGAUGAAUCCCUAGUGGACGCCAUUACAGCAGUACUAGCUGCAUCCCAACAAUACAUGAGAGAACAAUCCGACGAGUGCAGCUUUGUUAGUCUUCGUGAUGUGGAGCGUACGAUGAAUGUCAUGGUGUGGUUCUACGAACAUCGAGAAGUUUUUCAAAAAUUUGCCAAACAAGAGGACAAGGAAAGGACUGGAGGAACUGAUAAUGAUAGUGAGGACAACCCUGACGAUGAGGACAACCCUGACGAUGAUAAUGACGAUGAUCAUGAGGAUGAGAGUGAUAGCGAUAGCGAUGGGCACGUGAAAGAAAUGAAAAACGAAGAUGAGGAAGAAACAGCCACCAGAGAAAACGAAAAACCACGGCCAGGAUUAAUGUUUUCUGGCUUAAACAAAAGUAUAUUCCGUCAGCCACAAGAGCCUGCUGAUUUAGAACCCAUUUCAUCGGGAUCUGGUUCAAUCUUUCCUCCCCAUUUUCCUGAUGUUGGAAAUGAGUACAUCCCAGUGAGGCCAUUCGCCUCUGAAGACAUACCAGACAUACCUUAUUUCAUCGAGGAGGAAGAAGAAGACUUAGAUGACCCCACGAAGGAUCUAGAUCCAGUCACGUGGUCUCUUAUUCUAGCCAUUGGUGUUUGCUAUCACGCAAAGCURCAAGACAGAUCGCAAUACCGUCAAGACAUAGCAAAGACCUUCAAACGUCCUUGUCUCUUGUAUGGUGGUGCAAACAGAAUACUACAAGAAAUUACUAGUUGCCAGAAAGCAGUGCUAGAARAACUUGAUCCAGGUCCAAACAUCGCUCGUAACACAGCCCUCAGCGAGAACGUGUUCAUGAUGGUGRUUUGUAUSGAGCUUCGUAUCCCKCUGUUUGUCAUCGGUAAACCAGGCAGYUCMAAAUCWCUCGCUAAGACAGUUGUGGCUGAUAAUAUGCAAGGAGAUGCGUCCAAGUCUAAGCUAUUCAAGUCAUUUAAAGAGGUUCAGAUGUCAUCGCAUCAGUGCAGUCCUCUCUCCACCCCUGAGGGGAUACAGGAGACAUUCAGGCAGUGUGCAAACUUUCAGAAAGAUAAAAACCCAGAGAAGUUCGUAUCAGUGGUAGUACUAGACGAGGUUGGCUUGGCUGAAGAUUCACCUUUGAUGCCACUGAAGACGCUACACCCGUUACUGGAAGAUGGAGUGACAUCAUCUGAUGACAUCAUCGAGACAGAUGAAAAGCCAACUCGAGUUGCCUUUAUUGGGCUAUCUAACUGGGCACUAGACCCCGCCAAGAUGAACCGAGGGAUCAUGYUGUCACGUGAUGUUCCGGGUGAAAGAGAACUGGAAGAUAGUGCAAUAACAUCAAUGAUAUUAAAGUAUGCAUGGAGACUGGUCGCACUGUUAUUCUGCUGAAUAUGGAAAGUCUUUACGAGGGCUUGUAUGAUGCUUUGAAUCAGUAUUACGUAGAAUUCGCAGGCAACCGUUAUGUUGACCUUGGAUUAGGAUCACACCGUGUCAAGUGCAGAGUACAUAAAGACUUCAGGCUGAUUGUAAUAGCCGAGAAGGACACAGUGUACAAAAAGUUCCCAAUCCCAUUGAUAAACAGACURGAGAAACAUUUCCUUGUUUUGUCUACAAGCCUCACAAAACCACAAGAAAAAUUGGUCGCAACGCUUAAAMGUUGGGUUCAACKUUUCUCGAGCAUCGAUAUACCAGGCUACAKAGGAAAUAAAAAGUGUAAAAGAAAAGCUAGACCUAAUAAUUGUUUAUUUUUUGUCAGGAAAUUCACAGAAGAUGACGCGUUUGUAGGUUACCAUGACGACACCAUUCCUUCAGUAGUCUUGCAAGUUUGCAGUCAACUUGGACAAGAUGGAACAACAGUUGUUGACGACCUGAAAGAUCAAUGGGAAGAGGAGGUGCUGAUGCAGUGCAAGAGACGGCUUGUGCAGUGCUGUCCACCAGAUGCCAUUGUCAGGUUACAUUACAGUAAACUACAACAUGAAGCAGAUGAGCUGUGGGAUAUUUAUAAGCAGCAACAACAUUCCAGCUUAGCAUCGUUUGUGUCCAGUGUAGACAAGAGACAUCACCAAGAUGGUCUCUUGAUCCAGGUAUCGACCCACUCCAAGCUUCUGUCCGAACAGAACCUGAAAGAGAUAGGACAAUCACUUAAUCUGUACCAUCAGGCCAUAUCCUGCAUCACACUGCAACAGUUCCAAACAGAACAACAGUUCUGUGAUAGUGUAGGGAACUUCUUUGCGAAGCAAGGAGGGAGAGAGUGCCUCCUGAUUGUCCAGUGCAAUGCAGAAGAUUUGUCAUUCAACUUGUUGGCUUGUGCUCGACAUCAUCUCCUGAAACAGCGUUCCAAAAUCACAGAAGWAAUUCACGAAGAUGYUGAACCRACUCACAUYAUUGUCAUUAUUCAGCUUCCCAAGAUGUUUGGUCGCUAUCCCAACUUCGUUGGYUUCCAGGGGCAACGAUGGGAGUCUGUUCACAUUGACGAACUUUUUACACCCUCUUUUUAUGUCCCUUCCUUGGAGAAUGUUAAAGACCAUUCUCUGAGUGAACUCUUUGMAGCAUCUAUUGACRUGUGCUUUUCGAGGACUGAUGAAGAGGAACAAGUGUUAGAUGCUGUUGAUGUGAUUAAGCAGUCUGUGCAGGCAGCCGCGGGACGCAUUGAAGAUGGACCACACACAGCUUCUAGGGCAACUAAGAGAAUUGUGAUAUUGUUAAGUUUGCUCACCAASGACAGAAGUGAAGAACUCGAUGAARACUCCUUUUCGCAUGUCCUUUUACGUCGUGUGCACCAUCUCUUAAAAGAAAAGGACGCCUCGGCCCCARAACAAGGCGCAAAUUGGUCCACAUCAGAGUCUCUUGAGUCUUCUGAGCUUCAAGAAAGUGGGACGUACAGGAAAGCAUUAUGGCGUCGAAUCCAGAACGCUGUUGUGCCAGUAUUAUCCGAGGUGAUCGCGUACAUGGAUAGAGAUGGGAAUCUAGAAUUACUACAGACAGAUGUACCCUGGAUUAAAGACCUAUGGCUAAAGAUCUUUGCAGAURAUAAACUGGCUCAACUCCACUAUGAUUCAGUUCUAACAAAUGAUGAAGAUGGCAGGCAAAUCAAAAAACACGUGCCCGUGACGUCAUCUGGACGAGAUUCUCAUUGGUUUCAAUGUCAGCUUCCAUUCUCGUGGCUGUUGAAAGAAAAUAUUGACAACAUUUGGCUCCAGGCAAARAGCGUGUCAGGAAACUCAGAUGAACACUUAAGCAUCCAAGAAUGCUUUCAAGGAUUUGUCGCACAAUCAGACAUUUGUGAUGAAAUAAAUGUCAUCGAGAAGAACCAGGAUGCUAUGGAGAGAUAUAUCCACGACUUCGUACACAUGAACUGUAAACCUGUGGAGCAAGGAGAAGACGAGCUAAUUGCACGAGCYCURGUCGUGGAAGCAAGACACCAGCACGCCCUAUCGGCUUCACAUGACGMCGAUUUCGAGUUCCCUAACAUCUCUCUUGUUCACAAGGCUUAUUCUUACAUCGAGCAUCGAAUAGCUUGCUUCAGUCAWCUYGUACAAUGCUUUCCUGGUAUUGUACCCAAGCUUCUUGAUAUAUUCACCCCAGACGAAAAUGAAAUGAUCGUGGAUGCCAUGGCCCUUCAAAUGUGYUUGGAAAGCCUAGAACCACUGGAAAAGAGCUUUAACAAUUCCGGUGAAGCAAARAAAUGGUGUGAUGAUGUGGUUGCUGUCAGAGCUACAGCAGAGAGGAUAUUGAAUACCAUCGACAGAAACCAACUGGAAGAYGAAGAGAAAAGAAUGAGUAUCAUUGAUWGCUGUAGACCUCUGUGGGCGCGCUUGACAGCUGUUCGUCUCUUUAUCGAACAUGUAUAUCCCUCAAAGAAGAAAGUCAGAAAAACAGACCCUGAAAACAUUAUCAAGUUGUGCAAGGUUCUGGAUGGCAAGACAGACUUUUCAAGAGCAAGCUCGAUCGAAGCAGUUGAACUGUUUCUGUUUGAAUGCAUCGAAAACUAUAAAAAGUCCUCUGUUCAGACAGUCAAUGAAUUCCGUCAUCACUGUAAUUCAUUCUUCAUGGAGCUCAUAUCUCUCCUGUGCUUUGGUGGUGACGUUCACCGGAAGACUUUGGACUCGGACGUUUUUGAGAUAUUCAUGCGUUACAUUACCGGAAGAAGUUCAUCAGCGACGAAGAGUUUUUCUCCAUUUCCUGAUUUUGAGGUCGACAAAACUCCUGUCGUGAGRUCAUUUCURCUACAGCAGCUGCUGACCAUCAGUUUAAAUGAGGUCAAAAAGUAUCUUCAGYGGUAUCUCUYAGAYGCGCAGGCGCUAUCCCAGGAUCGACAUCACGURACGCGAGUAUGCCRGCUUGUCGUGGAUUGUAUUGAGGUUGGUAAAGACUCCACCUCGUCAACAUUAUCACARCGGGAGCUUCCCAWCUCGAUCUUGAUURGGUUAGCAGCAUCAAUAAUAGGAAAGGGAAUCGACACAUUGCACAAAGUAAGGUACUCAGACACGCUUAGUAUCGAGGCUUUGGAGGCAGUAGCAAGAAUGCGUCACGUCUUGGGUCUGACUGCCGAGUUCUUGUUCAAGAGCCAUGUGGCCAGUGACGAAAAGUUUCAAGAACCAGAAGUGAAAUCUGAGCUUGAUAAAYUUUUGAAUGUUGUUCAAGGGAUGUGUGAACAAUUGUCUGACCGAGYCCCUCUUGUAUACUUGCUGAAACAAUUGACCAGAAGAUAUGGAGCAUCGGUUAYCAAAGACUUGACGCAGGAUCCAGAGAUGUUUUGGUUGAUUCCUCGUGAAUUUGAAGAGAGACAGAUCGAUACUUCUUCGGAUGCCGAUCGGUUUGUCGUUUAUAAUGAGGAAUACACUAGCGUUCGGGAUGCUCUUGCAAAUGGAUUACUGUCCGGGAGUGUUGACGAGUUAUCUACUUUAACACAGAUCGAUGGUUCAGAUAUGAGCUCUACCACAAAAAUGGACGUCAUGUGUCUGCUGUCCAUUUACAGAGAAGUCACGUGUGGUUACCGCGAACCAAGACAACAACUCCAGGAGUAUGAAGAACUGCGCGAAUUUUUUGACGAGCACCUUUCUCCAGAGGCUCGUCCACUGGCCGUUCAACUUCURAACAACUCUCACGGUAUGGGAUUUACAGCUCUGUCUGUUCAACCAGCUCAGCCACGUGACACUAUCAACCUAGCUGAACUCGUAGUUCAUACGAUGGUUGUGCUACAAUGCUCAAACGACAGCGAUAUUACGAAUACUUUGAGGGCAUUGCUUAUGAAUCCAGGGUACAUGAAGAAUUCGUUCCUUCCAACAAUGCCUGAAGACGAUUUCGAAAGUGUUCGCCGGGGACUUAUAGAGCAGGUCAAGUGGUAUGAAUGUCCAGAAGGCCACCGCUACUCCAUCGGAGAUUGCGGUAAUGCAAACCAGGAAUCAGUCUGUCCUGAGUGUAAGUCAGGUAUUGGAGGGACAGGUUACAAACUGCUACCAGGAAAUGCACCGUUACCUGAUCAAAAUGCGGAUCGAUCGAAUCGUGGCCAUAUUCUUGGUAAUGCGAAUAUGRAUCAAGCUUCAUCUGCGGUGCAGCCUGGACGAAACCUCUCUCCUGCUGUCGUUCAUACCAUUCGCCUGAUCAUGCAUUCAGCGAUGUUAGUGGGAGCCUGCAGACAUCCUCAGGAAUCCUCUCAGAUCUUCUCGCCUCGUGUAGAGCCUGAAAGACUGAAGCAGUUUCUCUGGGCACAUUUGACACAUGAUCUGCGUGGCCUAUCAGCAGCCUUGAAUCGUAAUGAAGACGAAGCAUUGUUAACAGUGCACUUUGUUUUGGCCCAAAUCACAAGAAAUACAACACAUGAUUAUUCACCUGGAACCGGCGUUCUUGAUUCAGCAAGAGCUCGCAGGCAGUGGGAAGAGGAGUUCUCUUCAAGGUUCAUAGAACCAGUUAUUUCAACUUGUGAUGAACGAAUACAGGCCUGUUUAGACGCCAUGACAAAUGACAGUCGUGUAGGCACUGAUCCUCUCAUGAGAGAGGUCUAUGAACUGGACAACUCUGGUACAGAGCAAGAAGAGGAGGAGGAAGAGCCUCAACGGUUAAGCCCCAUGAAGAGAUGCUUUUGGCGAUACAGACCAUCCAUUACUGUAGAAAAUGCCAAGCAGAGAUUCUCAGAAAAGAUGAAAUCUGAUAAAAAGAUUCAGAAGUGUAAAAUACUGCAGCAUUUCUUCAAAGAGGAGUAUCGUCUUCGUGUUGUCCGUUAUCUUCCAAAUAUCAAUAAGUUGCACAAGCUGCUAACAGAUCGAUUCUACCAACGAAUCAACCAGAAACAAGCAUCAGAAAUGACCGUCAAGGAUUUUGAAACCAAACUGAAAGAUUUAGAGAAGAAAGAAUUUAAGACACUUUUCGGUAGCUUCAAAGAUGCCUGGAUGAUGGUACGAGAGCGUCUGGACAAGCAGGGUCGCUAUAAGCUGUCAAGCACAGAGUGCAGCAAGACAAUUGAUGAGAACAGUCCCAUGUCCAUCCUCAUUCCCUCUACUMAUGGCCUGGGUCGAUGUUCCCUCUCACUUGUCUUUUACCUUGUCACUGCUCAUAAUGAGUUCAUGGAGACAUAUUUCAACAUUACCGUGGGUAAAGCAAGACAAGAUAACAAGAUAGGACUAMCAGAAGUGACAARUUCCCAGCUCGUGUCGUACGAUGCUGAUCGUGAUCUGCUCCCCUUAAUGCAAGCACAUUGUCAUUACUCGCUUGAAGUUGGUCAUGGUACAUUGGUUGAAUAUGAUUGGACAGCCAUUCAAAGACAACUGAUCGAUAGGUUCAUUCGAGGGAGACCUUUGGUUGAGUUUAAGGAACCGAAAUUUGUUUUCCUCAGAAAUAAUGAUGCAGACGUGUUUGCUGCUGUAAGAAGCAAAAUAGAACAGGAAAGCAUUUCUUCCAUAUCUGCCAGAACUAUCAUGAGUGAUUUACGCCACUUAAAUGAAGUAUGUGACGUCAAACUCUCCCUUGAGAUAGCUAUGGGGUUUCUGGCAUCAAGUGGUGGACGGCCUGAACAGUUAAUUAGCGAAUAUCUACAUGAUGUGUUGCACAUGCCCAGUGAAAAGGGUCUUAGAAGCCGCAGGGCAGAACAAUAUUGUCAUCUGAAACACAUCGUUCACCUUUGGCAGCUCGUUACAACCCAGAGAGCAAAGAUUUUGCUACAGGACGAUCAGGAUCCAUUUGAUGAAGUUCAAGAGGGCUUCAAGGAGGAAAUACCAAGAAAKGUUCUGCUUAUCCUGAAUCGCKUCCUACGAAACAUUGAUUGUAGUAGGUUUUGUGGAGAACUCCUUGAGAUGAUAACAUUCAGUCUGAACCAAGAAAACGAGAAACACUUGGACAUCAGCCUUGGGGAUUUUUUUGAGUGGCACAUGGAUGGACGUGAUGAAGCAACUGAUGUGUCUGRUCUACCAGAUGAACUCCUCCUCAAACAUUCUGUUAAAACAUGGGAGAACGUUCUUGAGAAAAGUCAAGAGCGCCAUCAAUCAAAUCGUUAAGAACCCCAAAGUAAGACUUUACUGUUAGUAAACUAAGAAAAGGAUAGAAAAGUAGAAAAA